AUGCCUCCAUCGAUAUCGAAGGCACUAAAGCGCUUAUGCCCGCUGAAGACUGUAUGUCGGACAGUGUUGCCGAUGCUGCAGUGCCUAAAGUAAAAUAAUGGUAAAUUAUUGGCAUUUCGCCCCGUGGAAGGGAAUCUGGAUUCCGAGGUCGGGGAGAUUUUGCCUGUAGAAUCCGGAAUCCGGGAAAUUUUGCUUCUGGAAAGUGGAAUUCUGGGCUUUGGAAUCCGGAAUAUAGCGUAAGGAAUCCAGAAUCCCACUAACGAUUGAAAUCCAGAAUCCAAGUUCCACUAACAAAGACUGGAAUCUAAUACCUGGAAUCCGGAAUCCAUGGCGUAGAAACCACAAUCCAAGACUGUCUUGGAUUUCCUUACAUGGGGCAAGGCAGCUACUCUUUUUAUUACGGAAUAAGGUCUAUAUACUGCGCCUUGAAUUGAGUAAGAAAACCAAGUACAGGAUCACUUUUCUUCUUGAAACUUAUUCUCAUUCAGUUGGGUAGAAAAGACAGAGUGCGGAGACAACUUUUUCACGUCUCAUAACGUACACGUUACGAAAAAAAACCUUAAACAUCGUGAAAGAUUCCCGGGGAAAGAUUCCAGAGAGCCAUGAAAGCCCGUGAAAGAUGAGCAUUCCCAUGCGUUUGCUCUUUUCGUUAAGUUAAGUGAGAUUUCUUUUGCUGAGAAGUAGAAACAACCGGAGGACUUUAAUAUCAUUUAUAGUUAUAGCGACCUUAAGAUUCGAGAACGAUAACGACUUCACUACGUGAACGAGAUUUGAAUUAAAGUUUUUUGACGUAUGCUCAAAACAUAGGGGCAAUCUGGGAAAGCCUCAUGUUACUUUUUUCACCAGAAAAGUUAACACUGUUAUUUCACUGAAGGAGGUAGCAGCCGAUUUGCCUCAUGAUGGAGAUAAUAAUAAGCUUUCUCCCCAUCGAAAAAUAGUAAAACUUUUAACAUUUCAUAACUUGUUUCCGUCACUUCUGUGACAUUUUCGCUAAUACCAGAAGUAGAAUGAGGACGGCCCUCGCGUUUUCCCGCCAAAAUGACGCGGGUUCGCACGUGUGCACUACUAAGUAUUGAGGAAAUCUCAUUCUCGUAGUCAUCCUCGUCUUAGAAUCGAAAGGUCUCUUAUUCUUCACACAUUUUUUACAACACUCCUCGUCCUUUUCGAGACUUUGCACUUUGUUUAAAGCUUUUCACUGGGUUAUAUUCCACCUUAUCGAUCAAAGGGAAUCGGCAAACGACUGCCAGACCGCAUUUCCGCCAAAACAGACCACCCACCAGCAACAGAGCUAAAGUCAAUUGACGAUUAACUGAUGUCGGGUUGUAUUCGAGAAAUACGUACCCCCAGCAUUUUUCAGUGAUAAAAAUGUUGCGUUUUUUAGAUAACGUCAAAUCUGUCAUAAUUUGGGUUUUCGCAUUUUUUGUAAAUGGAUGUUUAAGCUCAAGUUGUCAUAAUUCAUGAUAAUUGUGAUAACAGAGGAUUGUUGGAAUUGCAAUUGUAUAAAAGAUAGGUGAAAGGUUGUUAUCCAUCACACUUGCGAAAUUUGCUAUGGGUACGGUGAUAGUGUCUUUUUAGAUGAGGAUGUUGAAUCGCAAGUUCGAGGGGCAACCAUUAAAGUUUUCAAAGAAAGAAAAACCAAGCAGGCAAAAUUAAUAGUCACUUUUUUACAAAAAUGCAGAUACGAGCCUUGGAUACGAGCCGUUUUGCAAUGUUUGAUUUUCCACUUAAACGUUUGACGGCUUGUCAAAGAAAGACUGAAUGGUAUUACAGCAAUCUUUAACACAAAACAGCUCUUUAGAAACACAAGCGCAAGAAAACUAAGCUCCUUUAGAGCGAAAUAGAAUUAGUUAAAGCCAACGACUUAAACUACACAUAACGAUAAUUAAGGAGAAUUGUGAGACAAUUGGCUCGAAGAUAAGCCCUCAUAAGCCGAGUAAAUGAUUUGCACAUGGUGAGAGUCAAACCUGCAAAACACAUGACACUUUUCCAAAAUUGUCUUUAUGGUGUAACUCGAAAUACCUGAAAUCAAAAUUCUUGAGCAUAAACUAUCAUCUUAAUAGCAUUAGUGUUUUUCAGGCUGUUAUUCGUGCAAAUGAUCAGUGAACGGAUUUACCUGAAGCUGUUUGUGGCCUGUAUUGUAAAAUGAGUAGGUACCAUUGAGCAUAAGCACUUUUCCAAAAGCAUGUUUUCUGGCAGGCAAUUUCAAAUCACCAGCACUUUCACCAAAAGGAAAGAAAUCCUCGUCGCUAACACAGUUAGCAAACGCCAAAAUCUGCAAGAAAAUCCACCCUACAAACAUGAUCUCUACGCCCUGCAUGGAUCUCGGCUUUCCACAGACUCAAGCGAUUGAGGGUGUUGUAUCAAUGAAAGCGCGCGCGGCGAUUGUGUAAAAAGAUACCCGAUCGCUUAUACAGCGUGUUGACUGAAACGCAGGAGGUGUAUUGUUUGUGUACAAUCAACUUGACAAGACACAAACAAUCCAAAAGUCAUUAGUCCAUUGACGGCUGAUUUCAAAUGAAGUCGGAGUUAUCAAAGCAGCCAAAUGGAAAUUAAUUUCGUCUCGGAAUGCUAGCUAAACAAGGUGAGAGAUUGUCAGAGAUUUGUCGCAUUUUGAUAGAGGACUUUUUGACGUACUGAAGACCUUUUCCGGGUAGCUGUCGCUAAUAUGGAAAGGACGAACGAUCUUUGGGGCUGAAUAUACUCAAAGCUAAAAAAAGGUUGCGUGAAUGCCAUGAUAAUGAAACAAUACAAGCUAUCUUCUGUUCUGGCUUGUCACCUUUCCUUUUGCGGUCUCGUAGUUUCCGGUUGAUGUUUCUUUUCGCAAAGGCGAGAUGAUAUACGAAUAAAUUACAAGAUUUCUGCGACCGAAACUUAGCGUCUUGAAAUAAUCGGAUUACGAGUAAGAGGGCCUCCAAAGUUGUAAAAAGUAGUCAAAGAAGUAUUUAACCCCUCAUUCACAGGCUUUAACCUAACAGUUAGAGCAGGCACAAUCCGUUGAGCAAAACACAAUCGUUUUCACUGUUUUCACUCUGGCUAAAAAUGUCAAACAGACAAGCGUACCUAGCAGUACCUAGAGAAGAUUCUCGAACAUUUGCAGGACUUUGCUGAUACAAAUGGAUUUCACUAAAACCCAAAAUGCCUUCCUUGACUUCUGCUUAUCGCCAAUGUCUUCUUUCCAAAAGUUUAUCAAAGAAUGUAUAUGUUUAUUUUCUAUUUUUUCAAAUUGUGAAAUUUGUGAAUAGGUCAAAGGCAACAUAAAUUUGGGCAGUCACGUAAACAGUAAAUCCUCCUUUCCUUUGACUCAGUCUUGUUGAUGUGAGAACAUCACAUACAUCCGGGAUGAUUUCCUGUAAAGGAAACCGAGAGUUUCAGUUGACUCACAGCAAGGGUUUGAUUCAAACAAAAUUAAAGAAAUACUCGUCUGCAGGACUCCUUCCUUAUCCCGCGCAGACUUCUAUCCGGGGGGAAUAGGGUGUAAUGACAAGGAAAGGCUAAGUCAAUAAAGAAGAGGGUUGAUGUCGGACCCGGGGGGGUACUGCUAUAUAUGAGCUAUAUAGGUAUGUGCCGCUUUGAAGGGUAUGGUUUUCAAGCAGUUUAAUCUAGGAUAGGGUAUAUAAAUCAGAGCGUUUGGGUCGAGAAUAGGGUAUCAUUUUUCAGGAAACUGAUCAGUUGGUUAAAGAUUUUAUCUAGACAAGGGAAACAGCUACUCUAGGAUAGGGGGAUUUGGGGAGUUUACUCUAGUAUAGGAUAGCAAAAUUCAGCUGAACUAGCUCUGGUAUAGGCUAAGGGUUCCAGGGUCCCAGCGGCACAUCCCCACCCAGAAAUUCCUAAAGUACCCCUCCGGGAUGUCGGACUCCGGGCGACGGACACUCCUUCUAAGAGGGUGUGUGCCGUCUAACAGGGUAAACCGUUUCACUAUGUGCGUCUUGAAUAGGGCGUUUGCCUGUACCAGAAGCCUUGGACAAGCUGUGAAAGUUAGUGUAGGCUGUGGAUGUGAACAGACCUCCCUCUCCCCUUCUACGAUUUUUGCUGAGGGAAGGGGGGGGGGCGUCUGUACACAAGUCAACGUUAGUGGUGCACGGUCUACGUACAGCUGUGGUAUCAAAUUUCAGAAACCAGAUUCCUCGCAGCACUCUCCUACCUAGCCUGCGUGGCAGGCGUUUAAAAGGGAGGGGAAAGGGAGUUUUAGGCGCGAGAGAAAAGCGAGGGACGCAGGCCAUCUCCUACCCAAACAUCAAUUAAGUGUCCUCCCUCGGAUACCGGCUGUACUGUCCCUGUUUUGCAUUUUAGGGGAAAUCAACAAUUUGACGUUUAGAUUUGAGUACAUAUAUUAAAGACAAAUUGUGCCAUUCUUUGAUCAUCAGUGACAUUUUGUUAUUCAAUUCUGUGUUUCCUGGACAGGUUUUCUCUCAGGAAACCCUCAGUACGCUUUCUUUCAUGCAGCCGCUGACCCUGACCGGUCUUCCAAAGUCUCCAAAAAGGUUUCUCUUCAUGUGGAAUGCGCGUGCCCCGUUGAGAUUACGCGCUGGAAAUUUCUGAGCAUGCUGUUUCAUCCAAGACAGAGUUAAACAUUUUAACAAGACAGCAAAAAACAAAAGCGACUUGAAUUUUCCCGAGUUGGGGUCCCCGGUGCUGUUCGUUUUCUAGGGCAUACGCGACAUUUUGGAUCAGGCGUGUCUUCGAAUGCGGCCUUUUUCAAUACUUUCGCGGUGGUAUUAGCGACAAAUUGAACACUGCCGAAACCAUAAUUCUGAGGUAAGUCAGGGGAAAAGGCUCUCUUUGCUUGAUACACGUUAAAAUCUUGUCACACUGGGCAAUUCUUUCAGUUUUCUGUUUUGCAUCUUGUCUAACUAGCUACGAACCAAAACGAGUUAAACGGUGUGGUACUUGUUCCCUUUCUCCAGGUCAUGCGCGUCUUAUUUUCGCUUCGCUUCUUUAAAUUCGCUACCUUCCAUCCAUCUGAAACCGUAACACCGUCUAUUUCAUACACUGUAUUCAUAGUCACUUUUGUCUUUCAAAUUUAGUCAGAGAUGAUACCAUAUUCCUCACGUUGUGGGAAAAUUCUAAAAUUAACGGUUCACUUACAUGAGAACAAAACUCAGUCUUACGACUGUGUCGGGUUUUAAGCUAAUCAACGUGAUUGAGUUCUUGAACAGCCUUGAAUCAUUGCUGAGGGCGCUUUGUUUUUACUGCGUACAUUAUUGAUUGUCAAGAGCCACUAUGGCGGCUUGUGAUUGUUUAACCUGGCCAGAUGCCUUUUUUUUUUAAUUUUUUUUUGGAGGGGGGACUUUCUUACUUAAUACAUGAAUAAACUACUGUUUCAUUGCAAUUACCCCAUUUAAUUUAGCUUGAAUUCUAAACCGCGAAUGAUGCCUUAUUUACCUGGUAUCAAAUGAACCCAAAAUUUCAAUUGUGCACCUCAGUGUAUUCAAUUUCUUUGCAGAGCGGAAAAUUUCCUCAGCUGUGGCCUUAAUUGAAAUCAAAGCUCUUUAUCUUUACUAUGUAUUUUAUAUUAAAUUUCAUUCAUUUCUCCGUUUGGUAAUGAAACUCUAACGAAAGAUUUCAGGACCAAGAUCCAAUUAACCAAGAUCUGACUUUAAAGUAUCGAAAAAAGAAAAAAAUCCCACUAUUCUCUUACUCAGAUGCGAAAGAAAACAAACACUAGUCUUCUUUGCUCUCUUAAGAUUUUUGGCCAAUUUUUGACGCUCUUGUUUCCUUGUGAGAAAAAAGGUAAAUAGGCUAGUAACUCAUCCGCGUUUUAUAACAAAGUUUCAGGCAAAUCUCUUUGUUGAAGAGAGUUUUAGUUUAUUUAUGAUGAAUUGACCCUGAAUAAGUGGGAAAAGCCUCGAACACCUUAUUUGCCGUUAAAAGAACACUGUACAUAUUAUGACGGCAAGACUGGCAUUUUCUGUGUUAAUUAUAUACAAAAAGAAAUCGCAGCUGCGUCUCUUAAGAUUUUGCAUCAGGUGAUUUCUGACACCUCUCAAACGACUCACCGUCAGAACAAUAAUUCCGUUUAUAAGAAUUAUCUUGUGAUUCUUCCUGUUUAGCGAAAAAAAAAAACAAGGAUCUCUAGCGUGACCUUACAUUCACAAGAUGUUAAUCAAAAGUUAGCGAACAAGAAAGACCCGAGAAAAAGGUGGGAAACCUUAUAUAUUUAUUUUUAAGCUUUUCCGCUCAUUUCAGCAACCUUUUCGUUUAUUGUUUUGUUUUGUUCUUCUAAUCCUUUUUAUAAUUAUUAUUACUUGAGGAAUAGUACUUAUUCAUAUUGCUGCAAGAAAAUCGACGAUCUCGCGCGCUCAUCAGUAUUUUUUUUUAAAACAUAGGUCUUGCGCGCGUACGCGAUCCGAGACUUGAUUAAUUUUUCCGCUACUUUGUUUAACCAGGAACUAAAAAUCUUAAGAUCUCAAUUUCCUAAGAGAUUAGUUUACAGUACACAAACGGAAACUGUAUAUCAUGACGUCCUUAGUUGAGCUCUACACGACUACUUUUCAAGCACCUUAUCAACGACCAAACUGCAAGUCAAGAGUAUGGAACGUCAAAAGUACGCCCGGUUAGGCUAAGUUUGGGAUGGCCCACAAAAACCAGGGGCACCCAACGGCAAUUUUCGGGAAAAUAUCUGUUCGGAAGACGAUUUGAGAACUAGAAUUUUCGGAACAUUUGUUGUAAAAUUUCUUGCUUGCCUGUCUCUCCUAGGAUUUUCGAACAUCUACAAAAUGGUAUAAUUACCCAUUUUAAACGGAUAUUUACCCUAAAAAAGAAUUUUCGGGAGCCUUUUUGGCUGAAAUUUUGGAAGGUAAGUUUUGAUCCCUAUAAUUUUCGGAUCAAAAGUUUUUAGGGGAUAAAAAUAUGCCUAUAUCUACCGUUUAAAUACUAAAAUACGCUCAACAAUGCAAUGAUAAGUGGUUUUGAACUAUAUCCUUCGUUGGGUGCCCCUGAAAAACCCGUAAACAUAUCUUUUAUUUUAGAUUCUUAAGUAGUUGUUCGUGUACUGUAAGCGCCGCGAAAAAAUCACUGGACUGUAGUUUAGACUGCCUUGCUCAGUUAAACAUCAUGCAGUCGAAGCCCUCCUUGCAACCACUCUCGUAAGCGACCGAGCUGUAGCUAUGACCACCUUUGUGAAACCACGUUUGAACUGUGAUUUAAUCUUUGUAAUGAAAAGCUCUCGUAAGCGACCGCUCCCGUAAGCGAUCGCGACCACUCUUGGGAUUAUCCAACUUGACUUUUCCUUUGUUUUUUUUAGCUCUCGCGAGCGACCACUCAGAGACUUAUUCAUAUAAAUGAAGACUUACAUGAAACUGUACACUGCGUUAAUGCAGUCGAACCUCCGGGCCGUGAACAACCACUCAAAAUGCAAAGACUUAGUGGUCGCUUACGAGAAUCGAACCGCAGGGAGCCUUUUCCGAGAAGCAAUCCUGGGCACAUCUACUUUAUGGAAGAUAAUUUGUUGCAUAUAAUGUCUAAGUUACGCCAUGUGUAGUUCCAUGUUGUUACUAAAGUUCUUCGUAUAUUCAAAGGAGAACAGUGCAAACAGCGAACAUAGAGAUCAGAGAAUGCGUCAAGUGGUCGCUUACAAGGGGUUAAAAACAAUGGAAAAUUAUAUAUUAAACUUAAUUUCAGGCCCAAAAAGUGGUCGCGGUCGCUUAUAGGAGGUGGUCGUUAACUAGAGGUUCCAACUGUAAGGCUUUUACUGGGAAAGGUUUGGUGUUUUGGAUGAGUGAUCGCUUAUAGGAGGUGGUCGCUUACGAGAGGUUGUCGCACAGGGAGGUUCGACUGUAGUUCGUUGAUAAAGAUAUUGGGCCAGUUAUAUCAGAUUUAAAGACACUCCGAUUAAACGUUAACCUCUUCUUUUUUUUUCUUUAUGAAUUAUUAAUGAGUUUCUAAAGCUCUUGUAAGCGACCACCUCUGUUGUUUUCUGAUCAUGCAGUCGCUUACGAGCGAGUUCCGACCACUUUUUCGAGUUUCCGAGGAGGUCGCUUACGAGAGCUUCGUCGACUGUGCUAGAAACAUGACAUCCCUCGAUCUAAGUUAUAUGCACAUCACAUCAUAAUAUAGCAUUAUAAUUUUACGUUAGGCAAUUUCCCGAUUUUUAUGAUUCAUAUAUUUUAUUAUUAUUAUUUAUUAUUAUUAUUAUUAUUAUUAUUUAACCGUGCGAGGCCAGCUAAUGCCUGUUUUUCUUUUGGUAGCUUUUACGGUUUAUUUUGCCCGCAAAUCCUUACCUUGUGCUAUAGAAAUGGUGAUUGGCUUUUCAAAAUUACAAGAAAUUAAAGCACGGAAACUUUGAACAUCUCAGGACUGUAAAGAACUCAACUAUUCAUCCCCCCGGCCCCACCAAAAAAAAUAAUAUUUGGCGAGUUACAGUUCAAUCAGUUUUGUUUCUGUACGCUCGUGACAGGUGAUAAAGGGAACGCCGCUUCCUUGCAUAAAUUAAAUUAAUUCAUUUUACGCAGUAAUCCUCUCUUUUUCUGUUUGCGUCGGGAUGUUUGAACAUAUUGGUUCAACGAAAUCGUUAUAAUUUGCCUUCGGCUUGAAUUUAAGACUUACUGACUGAUACGUGGACAGUUACCCUGUUCUAUAACUCAAUGUUCAUCGUUCCAAAGUCUCAAACUGAGGCCUCUGGUUGUCAAGGAAGGUAUACUGCGCGUCCGCAGGAUAUCAGGAUAUGAUGAAACUAUUAUUGAGUGUGGCAGAGGUUAUGAAUUACACCAAACGUAUCAUUAGCAAAGUCUCGAACUCUGAGAAAAAGUCCUACUUUUUAAAGUGGAAUGAAGUGUCUGUCAUUUUGUGUGAAUGACAAAUAGAGAUCUAAACGCGCUUUUUUAAAAAGGUCACAUUACAGGAAAACAGUAAUCUAACAGAAAACAAAAGUAUUUCGUUAAAUAGUUCAUAGCUGUCAACGUGCUUUCACAAAAAAUGAGCUAACUGACAUUGGGAUAUGCCAAGCAGUUGGGUUAUCUGUCUAAACUGUCUUGUUCCUUGCACACUGGCGUGUUUUUUUUUUUAGUUAUUUAGGUGAUUUUUGGGGAGUGUUUGCAGAUUGCAUUCGUUGUUACUAUACAAUGUCCUCAACGGUUAAUUUUGCUUAUUAAAUCAUCUAUUUCCUUUGUUUAGCUGACAGGUGUCAUGAAGGCCGAAAUCUACCUAUUUACUAUAAUCCUCUCAGCAAGGGUAGGGAAGGCUGAGUUUGCCAGUCCCGCCUGCAGAACAGGAUUAUAUCAAGCAUCUGAAAAAGGCAAGUUUAUGGCGGUGUUUUAUCUCGAACUUGCACUCAGUGUAUGUUAUUUUAGUAUGGGUUUAUUGGUAUCAAGAGAGAAUAAUUGGUAAUUUUGUAAUUUGUUUGAUUACAUUAGAUAAAGAAACAUGUACAGUCUUUUCCUAACUAAGGCAGGCGUACCUCUAUAAAUUCAGGGUCGGAUGAAUCAACAAUCAUUUAUUUUAACACGUUACAUCGAGAAGCUAAGAAACUCGUUCAAAAUACGGUCGAGUAUAAAUAAAAUCUAUAAUUAUUACAGCUAUGAUAUAAUAUUAUUCUAUUUUAAAAACAACUCAAUAAAAACAUAAAAACUUAGCAAUAGAAAGCUAAAACCUACUAAAAACUAUAUACUAAAAACGUGAAAGGAAAACUACAAGUCACGUUCUACAAAAGCUUCAAUCUUGCUUUGAAGUCAUUUGCAUGACUUGAGAGACGUACUUGAGUGGGCAAACUGUUCCAUAACUUAGUUAAUAAAUAAGUGAAAGAAUUCUUUUUCAAUUUAAGAUUAAAAAGAUCUUACACUGUCCAGUUAAUUAAUCAACGAUUUUAGAUUCAUUUCUGCAUCCGUAAUGCACAGUAAAUUGAUGAGUGAAGUACUUCAAUUUUCCGACAGCUUCUUUUUCCCUUCGAAUUUUAUGUAAAUAUUUUCAUAUAGUGGUAGUGUUAUCCUUUCAAAAGUAUUUAAGAACUUCAAGCGAAGGGGUACGACCCAAUGUGGCGGAAUUUUAUUUAACUUUGUGUUUAUGUAUCUCAAUAUAAUUCAAAUAUUUUACCCUUGUUCUUUCACAGAUAGAGCCUUAACUGGACACAUACUCGAUGUGUAAGUACACCGGUAUGCUUUAACUAUAGUCACUAUAGUUGCGCAUAUUGACUAACAUGCACACAAAUCUAACAAUAAACGAAAAGCCUAAAAAUUCAGCAUUGAUGGGCUUUCCAAGUUGGCCCCACCCAUGGUACGCUGCACGCGCGCCAAACCGAGGAACUACACUAUAAAAAGGCUUAAGGAAGAAUGGAAAUGCUUGUCCAUAGAAGAAGUAUAAUGACGUUAGCUCCUCAGGCUAGGAUUAGUCUUAUUUUUCUCAGGUUCGGAAGAACGAGAUAAAUACUCACGCGCGUGUGAAAAACAUCGCAAGUGAGGAAAGGUAGCAAUUUCAAACGCAGUAGUGUAAGGUGCAUUGUUCAACCUUCGCGUAAAAUAUAAUUUUUGCGUGCGUGCGUGCGCACGUUAAUUUUACGCGUAAACUAGAGCCAAUUUAUGUCGCGCGUAAACGUAAAAGUUGAGCGAGGUUCUCCUUUUACAUUUGCGCGCGGCCUUUCAUGCAUUUUACGCGCGUACACACGUAGGAAUUUAAUACGCCACAGUGGAAAUCUACCCUAAUUCACCCAAUCCAUUAUUCCUAGUGACGACCUGUCCAUAAUAAUAAGUUUAUCUUUUUAGUUUACAAUUAUCCCUCUUAUAUGAUAAAGAAACAAAUAAAACAUACCGUGAUAAAAAACAUGGCAGUAGAAAGCAACCUCAGCGGUCAGAGAGGUAUAUGUACUUAAAACCAGAUCUCAACGCGCGUGAUUCCACACUCGGCACAUGAUGCUGCCUAUUGCUUCAAUUCACUUUCUAAAGACAGGACCAGGGGCGUGCGUAGGCCCGGGCCUACAAAAUUUUGGUUUGAUCACUCUGCCCCUGGUAAUAAAUUAUGCGUUGUUGGGUGAGCUAAAAAGCGUAAGAGCUCAAAGUGUAGGUGAGGUCAGUGCAUACUAGUCAUGCGUGCAAUUUUCAGGAUAUGUGGAAAUGACAGUCGGCCAGAACUAGACGGAAAGCUGGUUACGCUCCAAACUACUGUAAAAUAUACCACGCGCCACUCAACGACUUCUCCUUAGCAUAACAGUUUGUAAUGAAAUUUGUAAAUGGAUUACCAUUUGUUUAUUUGUCAAUUGGCAGGCUCAAGGUAACAGAUGAAUUUGCCUGUGGAAGACUUUGCUUGCAUCGCAAUGGCUGCGUAUCGUACAAUUACCAGUUUGAAAAUGGUAAUGGAACAUUUCAUAAGUGCGAACUGAAUUCACAAACGAAGGAGGCAAAGCCAGAGACUUUCCAAGAAGUGCGUGGCUUCCUGUAUUUUGGGUCUUUAUACGAAAGAGAGGUUGGUAUAUUAAGCAACUUAAUUGAGAGGCAAGGAGGAUGACUGAAUCAGUGUAGAGUCAGCAUGGUCUGUCUUGCUUCUUAAAUUUAUUUGUUGCACAAAAAUUUCCUGACUAGAGACAUCAUGUUUUUCUUACUAUAGUAUUGUAUGCUGGUUCUGUCUACAUAUGUAUUCGACACAGGCCACAAUUCAAACAAAAAUACAAACAACAAAUCAACAAACGGACAACCAAUAAGCUACUAAAGUUAAUAUGUCUCCGUUUCAAAUGUUCAAAUAAUGUGUGUUUUGGUAGAAUCUAAAGGAGAUAAACUAUGAAUUAAGCAAACUCGUUGACGCCAAUUCCAAGUAUACAUGAGCGCCGUCUCUUUAAUUUCCCCUCGAAUCCUAAAGUUUUGAUUAAGCAAUCAGUACCUCAAGGGAUUACUUUAGUCGUGUCUCAUCUAGACUAAGAUUGAAGAAAGUCUUAGUAGUCAAAUGGUAGCCGAUCAAGUGCUGAUGAACUCAUUCAGAAUAAAGUUCAACGUUUGAUUCUGUAAUCUUGGGCAUAUAUAUUCAAUAUCGACGGCUGAUACAUCAUUCAGUGAUAGUUGUAUAACUUUUACUUAUGAAUCCUUCAGCCCCGUGUAAGGUAAAUCCGGAUUCCGGAAUUCAAGAAUUUUUUUUCUUGUGGAAUCCGCAAUUCUAAUGCACCUAUCAAUGUAAAUCCCGUAGGGGGGGAGUGCGGGCAAGGGGAAGGGAUUUGAUGCCUGAGACUAUCCCCCUGUCGGGCUUUUGAUCGUGCGAAGCGACCCCGGGGUCGGGACAUUUGACAUUGACCGAUAGAAGCCUGGUAUCAAUUCAGAAGCGGUAACCAAGUCCGUCCCUCGAGGCUUUCUUAAAGUCACGCUGUUUGAGAAAGUUAUGAAGUUUUCAUUUGUUUUAAUCACCAUAAUCCGUUACUUUACACUGUCAUCUAAAGAGGUAAUGUCUAUUUUGAGAAAGUUUUUAUGUUCAAGUUCCCAUCUGAUUGUAAACCUCGAUUGAAAUCGAAUUCUACCAUGAAAGUCAGAGGAUUUUUUACAGGUCACUGAUCCGACCUGUUCCAACAUGUUGAGCCGAUGUUAUAAAGCAUUUUAUGUUUCAUUAAUAUAACAGCACGGUCAAUCUUCCUGGAGUGAUUAUGUUGUUCAAAAUAAGAGAUGCUAGUGGAGAGAGAAAAUACUUAAUUACAGCAAGUAAUUUAACGGAGCUUACGUUAACCUUAAAUAAAAGUAGUAAGAACGUACUUUUGAAAUGUUCUUUCAUUCGUUUUAUAUAGUAUUAUAGUAUUGUUUGUUUAGAUUUUUCCCCUAGGGUGGGGGCUUUUUUGACACUUUUGAUUGAACUUUCGUUUCCCACCCUGGGGAAUUUGAUCAAAAAAUUUUAAAAUUUGUCAAAUCCCCACCCCUUGCCCGCACUCCCCCCCCCCCCCCCCCCCCCACGGGGUUUACAUUGAUAGGUGCAUAAGCUCAAGGAAUCCGAAAUCCCACUAAAGAUUGGAAUCCGGAGGAAUCCAUACCUGGAAUCCGGAAUUUACACGGCGGAAUCCAGAAUCCAACAAGACAGUCUUGGAUUACCUUACGUGGUGCGAAACCCUGUUUCUUUAUGUAGACUAUGUAACUAAGAGCGUUAAAUAACUUACUGUCUAUAGGUUUUCAGGGAGGGCCAAUCAGAUACCAAGGAGGAGAGUAGGACUCUUAAUGCGUUUUUUUCUUUCUUUGUUACUACAGAAAGGCACUGGUUGCGCUCAUAACAGCUGUUAUAAUGGCGGUACUUGCGUGGACAUUUGUCAUGGGGAGAUGUUUUACUGUCAGUGUCCUAAGCUGUUUCGUGGUAAACAUUGCGAGAGGCCAAAAGGUAUUGUGUAAGAAAACGCGCAUUAGCGCACUGAAUGCAUUGAUUAAUAAAACUAAUUAAUAAGAUACGGGUAAACUUUAAAAAAAGAUAAAUGUAAAACUUUUACAACCAAGCUUGAAGCACGUUAGAUAAUAACCGACUGAAUCAGUGCAAAUGAUGGUGGAGGGUGGAGUAUGAAGUAGUGAUAAGAACGUGAGCGAACAUCCUGACACUUGCCCAAAGGCCCCUGCAGCUCCUAACGCCUUUAAAUACUGAGGCUCUCUAGUAAGAAAUAAGGCGAAGAAAAGACCAGAAAGCACUUGCGGAACUUACAGGCAACAGUUCUUCAAAAAAAAGCACAUUAUUACCGUCAACUAGGCCACAUUAUGCACCAGACGUUGUUUGCUCGCUCCUUGUUGACUUUAUUGAUAACUAUAUGUGAAAUUCAGCUUCAACAAUUCACUAAGUCAGUAACAUAACAAAGGAAGAGACAAUGAGGAGUAGGCAAGCUAGCUAUUCGAUCUUUGCUAGUGGAGCGCACUUGCGUCAUACACAACCUGACUAGUGAGUAUGCGCAUCUGCAGUAGGCAGGGUUCUUCAGAUCAUACUCAGCUUGGUUCAAAAAUUUCUUAACCUGGCUCACAGGCCGGGUCUCAUGCUGCUUGCGCUUAUUAUACUUGCGUCGCAUAAAAAUAAGACUUAACUGACCUUAUCUCCCAUGUUUGUGGUUAUUUUGUACCUUUAGCGAUAGCGUGAGUAGGAUUUUUUACCUCGCGAUAUGGCCCUGAAAACAGUUCUAAAACGCCAUACAUCGACAAUCGCGCGGCGCGCAACUUCAAACUAUAUUUACAAUUCUGGGAAGUAAAAUAAAGAAAAUUUCCCGCUUUCUUUUCACAGCACACAGCUGUAAAGAAUUGAUGGAACUUGGUGAUAUAACAGACGGCGUCAAGCGAAUAGCGCCUGAUGACAGCGGAGAUGAUGUUUUUGUAUACUGUGACCAAACUACAGAUGGUGGUGGGUGGACUCUGUUCCAAAGACGCUCGAGUCCUUUCACAAACUUAUUCUCCAAAAACUGGGCAGAAUACGAAGCAGGCUUUGGCGAAGUUAACUCGUCUUUUUGGCUUGGAAACAUGGUCUUGUCGCGCCUCACAGCAACACCUGUAAAGCUAAGGAUCGAACUUAAAGAGAGCAGCAGUAACCAGCAGGGAUUUGCUGUGUAUCAAGACUUCUCGAUAACCGGACCUGAGGAUAAUUAUCGCCUCAGUGUAGGGUCUUAUAUGGGAGAUAUCGGCAACGCAAUCAGCGGUCACCCGAACCAUGCGUCUAUGGAAAACGGAAUGCAAUUUUCGACAACAGAUCGAGACAACGAUGUUGCUAACCCGGGAAACUGUGCAAGUGUGAACGGAAAUUCUGGAUGGUGGUUCCCUCACUGUGGUCACGCAAAUUUGAACAGGGUCGGCAAUUUACCUCAAUGGGAUGACUGGAUACAUUUUGCUAAAAUCAGUUACACUGAAAUGAAAAUAAGACCAUAUUGA